CCGAACGGGCGAAUACGCUGGAGAAAAGCAGGUUUCGGCUAUUAACUGCUGAUGCCAUCGUCGUCUUCGUUCGACGCCAAUGGCGACGCCGCUCCCCGCAACUCCUCGAUCCAUCCAUGGAGAGAAAACCCACCCCUUCCCCGCCAUUCCCCUUCUCCGAAACCCUAAUCACUCCACCCCGACCCUCCGCUCCUUCUCUCUACCCAUUAAGCGUGCCGUUCGCUCUACCCCUCUCCUUUCCAUCUCCGCAAAAUCGGAUUCGCUUGGAAGCUCAGCAGCAGUGGCAUCUGAAGAAGAUCUUGCAAGUUCAUUGAAAGGGGUGGAGGUUUUUGAUUUAACCGGCAAAGCAAUUCCAAUUGUGAAUUUGUGGAGAGAUAGAAGAGCUGUGGUUGCAUUUGCUCGCCAUUUUGGAUGUGUUUUGUGUCGCAAGAGGGCUGAUCUUCUUGCCUCGAAACAGGAAGUAAUGGCUGCAGCUGGUGUUGCCCUUGCUUUAAUUGGUCCUGGUACCGUUGAUCAGGCAAAGGCAUUUUCUGAGCAAACCAAAUUUAAAGGAGAAAUAUAUGCAGAUCCAAACCAUUCAUCAUAUGAUGCUCUUAAGUUCGCUUAUGGUGUGUCAACAACAUUUACUCCGUCGGCUGGUCUCAAGAUAAUACAAUUGUACAUGGAAGGAUAUCGGCAAGACUGGGAGCUUUCAUUUAAACAGAACACCGUAUCGAAAGGUGGUUGGCAACAAGGUGGAAUACUAGUUGCAGGCCCUGGUGUUAAUAACAUUUUGUAUAUCCACAAGGACAAAGAAGCUGGAGAUGAUCCCAACAUUGAAGAUGUUUUGAAAGCCUGCUGUUCAUAGGAGCAGAUGGAAAGGAAAGAAAGUAGAGGAUGCAUAAUAUGAAGCAUGAAAUCUGAAGUAUGGUACAACUCAAGAAUAGAUGACAAUAAUAUGCUCAAUUCUUGCUAGCACUGUAUGAUGAUUCGAUGAUACCCAAGCUCUUUUUGAGUAAUUGGAAUGUUCAUCUUUGACCCGAAAGCAGAAAAUAGUGCAGUAUAUUUGUGUCUAUGAAAAUAAGCAAAGGAAUUUUUGUCUGUCCUUUAAAAUAUGUAUAUGUAUUUGUUUUGUAUACUUGAUGUUUGUAUUUACUUAUUAUUUAUACUGUUGAAAGUUUGCAUUUGGUACAAUUUUCAAACUUUGGACCA